AUGCACGCCCAAUGGUUGAUUUGGCCAUGCUACCGGAUCUGCGGCUACGAGUUCUGCCAGAGCUGCUCCUCCAUGCGAGCUCGAGCCUUCGACGGUUGGUGGUGCUCUCAAUACUACAGGCAUUCAUGCUUUGUCAGGUUGAAGAGACGACCUAAUCUCGUUGCGACACAUGGCCCAAUCCUCACAUGGCAUUUUCCUCGAGUUAGAUUCCUUUUUGUUGUGUUCAUGGGACCAGGUCAACGUCAUCAGGAAGGUUUGGCAAUGGCGGAGGGUUCGCCGCAAUUGGACGUGGCGUCGGUGAUGGUGGAUGUUCUUCAGCAACAAGGCAAGAGGCUGAGCGACAUUGAUUUGGCCUCCAGGAAAGCAGAGGAAGCAGCGUUGAGAAGAUACGACGCUGCUGGAUGGUUGAGAAAGAUGGUGGGAGUUGUUGCAGGAAAAGAUUUGCCUGCACAGCCGUCUGAAGAGGAAUUUAGGCUCGGCUUGCGAAGUGGGAUUAUACUUUGUAAUGCACUUAACAAGGUUCAACCCGGUGCCGUACCGAAAGUAGUCGAGGCGCCUCCAGAUACCAUAAUCAUCCCAGACGGGGCCGCUCGAUCUGCAUUCCAGUACUUUGAGAAUGUGAGGAAUUUUCUUGAUUCUUUAGAGGAAAUGGGGAUACCUGGCUUUGAAGCCUCUGAUUUGGAGCAGGGAGGCAAGUCUUCAAGAAUCGUGAACUGUGUGCUGGCCCUGAGAUUGUACAACGAAUGGAAACAAGGAGGCGGGAAAGGAGUGUGGAAAUUCAGUGGAAACAUUAAGCCCCCUUCAGCCACUAAUAAGCAAUUUGUCAGGAGAAACUCCGAUCUCUUUAUUAAUUCGCUGUCGAGGAACUUAUCCACAUUUGAUGACAAGUCUGUUGAUAGCUUGGAAAAUGAGCAGAACUCUACUUGUGAUGCUGGGCAGGACAUUAAUGAGAUGGGUUGCUCUCGUUCCUUACACAUGCUUAUUCGUGAACUUCUAUCAGAAAAAAAGCAAGAAGAUAUCCCAAUGAUUGUGGAGAAUAUGUUGAGCAAAGUCAUGGAAGAGUUUGAGCAUCGGUUGGCAAGUCAUAAUGAAAAGGCCAGAACAACCCCAAGAGAGGCAGGUUUUCUAAGUCCCAGCGAGCGUAGAGAUUACCCAGUGACUGAGGUCCUAGUCGUGAUGAAAGAGCAGUCUGCAUCAAGCAAUGAGGAAUCUCCGAGUGUGAUGAAAGAACAGAGUUCGUCUGGCAGUGAUGAAUUGGAUGGACAAGCUAUGAAGGACCAGGACUUGGUUGAACACCAGCAAACUAGCAUAAAGGUGUCAAACAUAAUAAAUGAGGAGGGUUGGUCUGACAAUGUUGAAAUGAAAGAACGCGCUAUGAAGCACAAAAACUUGGUCGAACACCAGCAAAGAAGCAUACAGGAUUUAAAAAAUUCUCUUGAUUCCACCAGAGAACACAUGAAAAUGUUAAGCAUUGAGUAUGAAGAAAAAGUUAAGACUCUUGGUAAACAUCUCAAAAGUCUGGCUCAUGCAGCUUCUGGAUACCAAAAAGUACUAGAGGAGAACCGCAAACUAUACAAUCAAGUACAAGACCUCAAAGGAAAUAUAAGGGUAUACUGCCGCAUACGACCCUUUUUACCUGGGCAGCCAUCUUUUUUGAGUGCAGCGGAAGUUGUAGAUGAAAAAACUCUCACAAUACUCACUCCUGCUAAACAUGGAAAAGGGAAGAAGUCAUUCUCUUUUAACAGGGUUUUUGGUCCAUCUGCAAGCCAAGAAGAAGUAUUUUCAGAUACCCAGCCAUUGAUUCGUUCUGUCCUUGAUGGGUAUAAUGUAUGCAUAUUUGCCUAUGGUCAAACUGGAUCGGGGAAAACGCACACAAUGACUGGACCAAAAGAACUCACCAAAGAAAGCUUAGGCGUAAAUUACAGGGCGCUCAGUGAUUUGUUUCUUAUCUCAGAGCAAAGAAAAGACAGCAUGUGCUAUGAUGUUUCCGUUCAGAUGAUUGAAAUUUACAAUGAGCAAGUGAGGGACCUCCUCGUCACUGAUGGUGUCAAUAAAAAAUAUCCUUUGGAAAUCCGUAACAAUUCCCCAGAUGGCAUCAAUGUACCCCAUGCAAAUCUUGUACCAGUGUCAUCAACAUCUGAGGUCAUCAGUUUGAUGAACAUUGGAAACAAGAAUCGUGCAGUGGGUUCCACUGCUAUGAAUGACCGAAGCAGUCGUUCUCACAGUUGCCUGACCGUUCAUGUUCAAGGAAGAGCUUUGACAUCCAGUUCAACAAUCCGUGGUUGCAUGCACCUCGUCGACCUGGCGGGAAGUGAAAGAGCCGACAAGUCGGAGGCGGUUGGCGGUAGACUAAAGGAGGCUCAACAUAUUAAUCGGUCCCUAUCUGCCUUGGGAGAUGUGAUAUCUGCUCUUGCGCAGAAGAGUACACAUGUUCCUUACAGGAACAGUGGUCAAGCAAAGACUUUAAUGUUCGUUCACAUCAGCCCAGAGCCUGAUGCUCUUAGCGAGACAAUUAGUACACUUAAGUUUGCUGAACGUGUUUCAACUGUUGAGCUUGGUGCUGCCCGUGCCAACAAAGAGAGUCCGGAUAUCAAAGAACUGAAGGAACAGAUAGCCAACCUUAAAGCAGCUUUAACACAAAAAGAAAGAGGCGAAUUAGGGUCUAAGCAAUCUGGAUGUAUAAGCCCAGACAGAGUAUUAAUUAGAUCCUUUGGGUCGUCUCCAUCAGAUUCGUCUUGGCAAAGUAAUGGAGAUGUCAGUAAGGUAGAGAGACUAAGUCACUCUUCAGCAACAUCAAGAAUGCAAAGUGACUCGUUUGACUCCCCUCCAUGGCCAGCUCUCAGUAGUCCGGAGUUGAUUAACAAAGAAGAAAAAUGCAUCCCCAGCGACUGGGUCGACAAUGUUAUGUCCUAUGAUGACAAGAACGCUCAACAUUCUCCAAACAUGGUGAAUGGGACCCAAAAUGAGACAGCUGUCGCUGAUGAUAUUGAUGACCUCGAAAAUGCAACCAGUGACACUUCAGAGCUGGAUUACCAGUGGCCACUAGGUCUUUCUAAACCCAACCGUGUGCCUAAUGGGCUGGGAUCAAAACCCAGGAAGCCCAGUCCAAAACAGAUUAAUUCUCCAGAAAGAAGGAGCCUGAUACCUCCACCGCCAAGUAGGAGAAUUUCCAAUGGGGCUCGUUCGCCACUGCCAAAACACGGAUGGCAGGCAGCUCCUGUUGAUGGAAAACGCAAACCGACGGCGGUGGGAAGUAAGAGCUUGCUUCAUUAA